GAUGCUGUCUGUCCCGGCGGCGGGCCGCGGGCGGCGGUCGUAGACAGCAGCGGCCGUGGGACGCUCACAAUGGCUCCCGGCCCGCUGUGCCCUUUGCUGCGACUCCUCGUGCUGGGGCUCGGGCUGGCGCUGCUGUGCGCCGCAGCCGGGGAGCGGGUGCCAGGCACCACCCCCUGCUCUCGCGGCAGCUCCUGGAGCGCAGACCUCGACAAGUGCAUGGACUGUGCGUCGUGCCCGGCAAGACCGCACAGCGACUUCUGCCUGGGCUGCACUGCGGCCCCUCCAGCCUCCUUCCAGCUGUUGUGGCCCAUCUUGGGGGGAACCCUGAGCCUGGCCCUCGUGCUGGGGCUGCUUUCCGGCUUCCUGGUCUGGAGACGGUGCCGCAGGAGAGAGAAGUUUACCACCCCCAUAGAGGAGACCGGCGGGGAAGGCUGUCCUGGAGUAGCACUGAUCCAGUGACAAUGAGGAUACCCUGCCAGCAGGAGGCCACACCCACUUAUUCAUUCAUUCAUUCAUUCUGGAGCCAGCCCCUGCCUCUGAGGCUCAGCCAGAGCCAGGCUGCUCCAGCCACAGGGGUGUGCAGGGAUGGGGGAUGACAGGUGAAUCACUUCUCUGAGGCCUGGACCCAGGCUUCAGAAGAGACUUCCAAGGUAUCUGACUGCCCUGUCUCUGGAUCCAGGACAGAAAAAGAGACCCGGACUGGCUCACACCUAACAGUCGACACUAAAGAACCGCAACAUUUGCACAAGGGUCCUGCACCCCAUGGCCUGGGGGCCAGGCUGACCUGAGGGACAGACACAACACCAAGCCCCACCCACAAAGAUGUGCUGAAAUUCCAGCAUUGGGGUGUUAGCCGGGGGGAUUAGGGACCUGUUCCUAACACUAGGGGGCUGGCCCUCUAGGGGGGCUGGCUCUAAGACACUGCCCCCCCAACCCUCAAAGGGGGGGAGAUAUUUAUUUUGGGGAGAAAGUUUGGAGGGGUGGGAGAAUUUAUUAAUAAAAGAAUCUUUAACUUUAA